AUGGCGGCGCUGGGCGGAGGAUGGGCGGACGCCUUGCGCAAAGCGGCACAGGUCAAAACGGAGCAAUGGCCGCCAUUUGAGGCGGCGGCCGCCAAGCCCGAGCGCCAAUGGCCGGCGGUCGCUCUCCCCCUCGCCAAUGGUUCAGCGUGCGCCGUUUCCGCUGCUUCCGCCUCGCCCGCGCAGACGCCGCGCGCAGGUUCCGCGCAAGCCGCGCCGCUUGGGGCGAAACCCGCUUCCGCCAAGGUCCCCGAAUUUUCGCCUUCCGCCAAGCACUCUCCGCCCGCUUCCCCGAAUACUCCCCCGACGUCCCGCGGCGCUCACGCCGGCACGGUUCCCGCACGGGCAAAGGCGGUGGCGCACGGAACAUGUUCCGCCACGCCCGCGCCGUCCGCGCAGGAGAUGCGCGCACUUGAGGAGGCGAACGCGAUCUUGACUGCUCUCUUCGGGCCGAACGCAGAUCUUUCUGCGGUUAACGAAAGUCGACGGAAUCCGUCCGAGAAACGGUUUCGGUCAGCUGACGGCGCUGAGCCGUCGCCACGACCCGCAAAAACCGGCGAGAAACCCGCAAAGCCGCAAAACGAGCAGCGCUGCCAGUCCAAGAUCCCCGCGAGCCCGCGGCCGCCUCCAGCGCAAAGGCGCUCAGCGGGCGGCGCGGGGAAGAAGAAUCUUGCGCUUGGCGCGCAAUCGCCCAGAGUAUCUGUUCCUUCAGCGCGGCCGGCGAGUGCGCCGUCUGCCGCGGAACUGCCGGCGCCGUCAAGUUUCUACGCCGGCCUCUCUUCCAGCGGCGCCGUUGGCGCAAAAGGCGGCGAAUCUCCGGUUGUCACGCUGUUCGAGGGGGAGGCGACGUUCCCCGCGAUCAUGGCGGAGCUCUGGGCGCUCCAAGGCGGGCGCAGGGCGGACGGCGCAAAGGCCGCGGAGAAGCGGGAACGGCGCCAAGGCGUGAAGAAGGGAGAGCGGGGCGAGGAAUCGGCGGCGCAAGGGGCAGGCGCAACGUUGGCGCGGGGACGAGGACAGGCGGAAACGAACGGACAGGCGGACAGCCUGCGGGAAUCUGAGCUUGCGCCUCCCCCCGAAUCGCGCGCUGUAAAGGGGAGCGGAGCGGAUGGUUGCGCGUCGCGCGGCGCGAAGCUGACUUCACCCUCAAACGAGGCGGUGACACUUGGCGUUGAACGCGCGCCGGUCGCCAAUGCCACGUCACCAGUUGAAGCAGAAGCAACGGCGCUGCUCGAUAUGGUCACAAAGCUCCUGUCCUCCGACAAGAAUGUGACUGUAAACGGGGGUGACUGUACCGAGAUGAUUAAGGGGACUGUAGAGAAGUUUAAGCAGGAGCUUUUAACGAAGCUUCCUGGGCGAGAUGUGGGGGAGGUGGCGGGCGCGGGACAAGGGGAGGGGGGGGGCAGCGCGGGGGGAGAUGGGGGGAAUCGCGGGGUCGCGAUUGCGCGGAUGGCGCCGGUAAAGCUGGAACAUGGGGAAGAGGAGGGCGUGGGGGAAGAACGAAGCGCGAAAGAGGGAGAAGAGCAGCAACAGCCCUUCCAGCCGCCUUUCCAGCAGCCUUUCUUGUUCCCAUCGGCCAACCUGUCUCGAGAGUCGAGUGGCGCCCCGGAUGCUGUUCACGUGCCAGAUGGUGGGUUUUCAUUGGACCAUCCUGUCGCGUGUGCCAUGUGGGAGCCGUCCAAUGGGGAGCCAGCAUCGAGGGAGCAAACACCAGCGCAGCCAGCGGCAGCACAGACAGCAUCCGCGCUUCCCGCAUCUGGACUUCCACCGGAGGAGCAACUGCAGUACCACGCAUUGCCGCAGUACCGGGAACCGCCGCAGUUCCAACCGCAAUGGCAGCAGCAGCAGCAGCAGCAGCAGCAAUGGCAGCAGCAGCAGCAGCAGCAGCAGCAAUGGCAGCAGCAGCAGCAGCAGCAGCAGCAAUGGCAGCAGGAGCAACAGCAGCAAUGGCAGCAACCUCCCCACCAUCCUCUCAUAACGUCUUCCCCACCACCUCCUCCUCUAUCCGAUUAUGCGGCCCUCUCCCCUCCCUCCCUCCCCUCCCCGGAUCACCUGCACCCCCACGCCACACACGCCGCCCCACAUGCUACUCAUCCUUCCUCACACCCCGCCUCUGGCGCUGCUGAUAUGGGAGUGCCUGCUGCAAGCCCUGGGUUUGAGACGGCUGAUAUGGAUGAUAUGGCUUAUGUAGGCAGUGCAAGUGGCAUGGCUGGUUCGGCUGGUGUGGGCGGUACGGCUGGUACGGGAGCAAUCGCCCCUCCAACCCCGGCAGCAGCUGCGCCUGCUCCAGUAGCAUCUUCCCCAGUAACACCUUAUCCAGUCACCACCUACCCUCCCCACCCCACAAACUUCGCCCACUCCCCAUCCACCCUCUCCCUCGCACUCGCCCCUAUCCACGCCUCCGCUUCAUUCUCAGCCUCGGCACCCCUCUCCGGACCUGGAACAAGCUCGGCGUCAGGCUCGGCGGCUGCUUCGGCAAGCGACUUCACGUGGGCUGCCGGGCCUACGGUUGCAUCGGACUCCUACCCAGCCGAUGCUCAGCGCGCUGCAGAUUUUGCUGUCGAUUUUCCACCUCCUGUGCAUGGAGAACCUUGUCUAAAUGCCGCUGCAGCCAUCACGGAGCUUCCCCUCUUCCCAGCGUCAACAGCGGCCCGAGAAGCAGCCGCUGCCAUCUCAAGCCUCGGAACGGAGGACGAGUACAACAAGGAGAUGGGAGAGUUGAAAACGCUCGUGACGAAGGCUUUAGAGAAGAAGGGUGUUUUGGCUCGACUCAAGGCGGAGCUGCGAGCGAGCAUAUUCGAGGUGAUCGACGACAAGGACAAGACGGCGAGCGGCGACGAGCAACGCGCCGUGAGAGGCGGCUGUAGCGAGCAGGCGAAGAACCUUCACGACUCCAAAACGGGGCAUCUGCUCACGGCGCUGCUGUGCGAGUACCUCGAGUGGGGGGAGAUGGACCAUACCCUCAAAGUGUACCUCUCGGAGUGUAACCUGCCACCGGUGUACCCACGCCGACCAAAGCUAGAGGACGAGCUCGGCCUGCCGUCGUCCAAUGCCAUCAUGACACCUGGCGGUGCCACACGGCCGCUGCUGCACGAGCUGAUCGACGCCUACUUCACUCUCAAGGCGCAGGUCAAGUCAGGCGCCACAGGCACAUCGUCAUCAGGAGGCGGGCUGCUCUCUCGCGCCACUGCUCGCAGCUCUAGCCCCUCGGACGCCUCGCUUCCCGUUUCCUCGUCGCCUCCUCAAAAGUCACCUCCACUAUUUUGCUGCGCGCCUCCACUAGCCAGGAACGCAGUUUCCGCAAGUGACAGCGCGGAUGAGGAAAACCCGGGAGAUUUCACCGCGGUUUACCCUUCCGACUUGCGCAUCGCCAACCCUAAGGAAGUGACCAGCACUGCAGACGAAGUAGAAAAGCUUCGCAAGGACGAGACGGAUCGCCAGAGGCGUCGUCGCCGGACCUGCUGCUGCCGAGUCGCAUGCUGGUCGCUCAUCGCCCUCGCCGUCGUUAUCGUCGGCCUAGGCGUCGCAGGGCUCGUCGCAUACCUGACAGUCUCGAAGCAACAGCCGGAGGUGAAGGUCGAGCAAAUCAACAUCAUCCGCGUCGGCAUCACCAAAUCCGGCGGCGGCUUCCUGGGCCUCAAAAACUUCCGCCUGGGCCUAUCCGCGUUAUUAAACGUCACCGCGCUCGUGUAUAACCCCAACAACAGGGACGUGGAAGCGGAAGACAUCAGCAUCGACGUGAAAUUCUUCGACAUGCAUGUUGCGAAUGUGACCCUCCCUGGCGUUGUGGGCAUGAGCAAGGGUGGGAGCGCGGAGUUGACUGUCCCCCUCGAUAUUGUCGACGCGCCCCUGGCGACGCUGAGUCCCGCGAGCCUGCUGACGACGCCGCUGCUGCAUGGGCGCGCGGAAAUGCGGGUGGUGGUUGGCACUGCCGCGCGCGUGAAAUACUGGGGCAUCUCGUCGCCGCGCGUUAUGGUGCAUGUGGAAUGCACGAUGCAGCUGGACCCGUUUUCCGCUAAGAAGUACAACGAGCAGUGUGCACCCAGCAUCUCGCUGUGA